CCGAGUGUUGCGAGUGCUGACGCCUCCGGGAUGGAUAAUAUAGCCGAAUUCGAGAACGAUUUCGGCAAUCCUGGCACGAAAACGCUAUCGCUUUGCGAAAUAUUCACGUUUAUGGAUGUUUCCAUAAACUCCAGGACUUUUGUGGAAGGAGAGAGGAUACUAAACUCGCAGCAUAUCGUGGUGUGCGGAAGGAAGGCCAGCACGUCUGGGGCGGCGUCGACAACGAUAGUAGGGCUUUGCCUUUCAACAAGUGCACUAAAAGGGAAUCCCCACGUUGUGAGUGCAGUACUGGAAAACGCAGAUAACGGGUUCAAAAUAUAUCAGGCUUCUUGCACCUGCCGGGCAGGAAAUUCCGAGAAAUGUAAACACAUCAUGGGAGUUCUUCUCAGAUGCAACAGGGAUGGUGUGUUGAACCUGCCUGCUCUAAGCGUCACUGAUGUGGAGUGCGCCUGGAAGAAAAAACCUGGGAAAGAGCUGUACGGAGAAAGUACGCCGCUUGACACGUACUGCCACAUUAGUCAGGCUCCUCCUCCAUUUACUGUGUCCUCUUCCGAGUCUGAGGACUUACUUCAGGACAUCAUAGAAUCUUGUCCAGAGUCGGCACUUUCAAGGCACAGCAAGAGACGGACGCUCACCUCAGUGACCACUGCUCCGGCAUUAAGCCAUAUCUGCGAGGACAAACAUGGAAUAGUUGCUCAUUCCAGUGAGAGUGAGCUGAUGGUGCGGCUGGAGCAUAUCCUUGUACCGGGCGUAGCAGGCAAGGAUGAAACUUUUUAUCAGUCCACCACUGUCAUCACAAGCAGUGAGGCAGAGGAGCUAUUGUGCAUCACGCAUCACAACAAGCAACGCCUGCUGCAAUGCAGGAAGACAAGGAUAACAGGCACAACAUCUUACAGAUUGUACACCUACAAAGGUUCAGAGUGGAAAAAGAAAACUGCUGCCACUCUCCUGUCAAGCUUUGCAGGAAAUCCUAACACAAGGUAUGGCAACCAAAUGGAACAAAGGGCAAGAGAGGUAUACAUGGAACAAACGAACAGUACAGCUGUGGAGUACAGCUGUGGAGUACAGCUUGUGGAGUGCGGCUUGGUGGUGCCUGCAAAGAACCCUUGGAUAGGAUAUACACCGGACGGAAUUGUAAUGAAUUGCGGGAAGCCUGAGAAGCUCCUGGAGAUCAAGUAGCCCAUCAUCGGCAAGAGCAAGACAGCUUUAGAAUCAGCCAGGUCCUCUCCAUGUAUCGUGGAAGUGAAUGAUAACUUGUCAUUGAGGAAACGGCACACGUACUACGGUCAAGUACAGCUUGGUAUGGCUGUCCUCAACCUUCCUUCAUGUGACUUUGUUAUAUUCUCUAGUUAUGAUAACUCUGUGCAUAUCAUCAAUGUGCCAUUUGAACCAGAUUUUAUGUGGAAGGUGUUAUCCAAGCUGAAAGCAACAUACUUCCUUAACAUACUUUCUGUGUUGAGGGAGAAUGCAGAGCAAUGCACUUAGUUUAAUGAAGCAGACAGUCUGCUUCGGAACAAAAUAAGAUAAUAAACAUCUAGAUGAAUCUA